AUGCCUUCCGGUCUUCCCACUUGCCCCGAUACUCAGCUAGGCUUCCAGCCGCCCCCUGCCUCCAAAACCCCUUAUGAUUUGAAAGCCCCAAAGGGUCUCAUUGGCCUCAUUCCCUUUCCCAUCCCCGGAGCUGGUGAGCCACCCGUCAUCUACAAUCCGAUCAUCAUUGUUCUCACGGGCUACCUUGAGGCUGUCAAUCCUGGUGCACUUGACAAAGCAGUCAAGAAUGCGCGUUCCAAGAUUCCCGACUUCAUGGACAAGCUCAACAUCAGCGAUGCACGAUCAUUCUUGGACUUUGCGAAUGACCUUCUCAAGUGGACACCCCACGAGAACUACAAAGCCAAGGACAUUUACGAUAUUCUUUGUGUCUUCUACUUUGUCAUUGAUCAGGAGCCUCUGUCUGGUCUUCAGACUAAGAUCAAUCCUGACCAGGUGGGAAUGCCCCUCACUUGGCUAUCAUCUUGGAUUGUCGUAUAUGCACAGCUGAUUGGGCUGUUCAUGGACACACCUGCUUCAAUCACUGAGAAGUCUAUCCAGAGCUUCAAAGACUCGCCCCCGUACAGCUACCAUGAGGCUGAAGUUCCUCCUGGUGGAUUCCGCACCUUUAACGAAUUCUUCUCUCGCAAGCUUAAAGCUGGCGUUCGACCCAUCGCUGAUCCCCAAGACGAUCAUGUUAUCGUAUACCCAGCCGACUGCACGUUUGACAGAUCAAUUCCUAAAGACAGCAUCAUAAAUAUUGAAGCUGACGGCCUUGUCAAAAUCAAGGGUCUGGAAUGGACCAUCUCUUCACUUCUCAAGGGCAGUCAGUACGCUGACAAAUUCCACGGCGGUGUCUGGAUGCAUGCCUUCCUCAACACUUUUAACUACCAUCGUCAACAUGCACCUGUCUCAGGUAAGGUUGUCGAGAUUGAAAACAUUCAAGGCGCAGCAUACAUGGAGGUGAACGCGGAAUGUCAACCCGUUCGCACUGUCUGUGGUCCAGAUGCCCCAGACACUCCAGGAUACCAGUUCCUUCAGACACGCGGUCUCUGCGUCAUUGAUAACCCUGUCCUGGGUCUCGUGGCGGUCCUGCCUAUUGGCAUGGCACAAGUUUCGUCCGUCAAGAUGACCGCCCGGGUGGGAGAUACAUUGAACAAGGGUGAUGAAAUAUCAUACUUCCAGUUUGGAGGGUCUGACGUGAUUUGUGUUUUCCAACCACAGGCUGGCUUGAAGGUGGAUGAUUUCGUCCCAUCGCCUGAUGGCACGUACUCCAAGUACGGUACGGUUCUGGCAAGAGCCCCAAAGAAGUAA